AUGCCAGUUAAAGUUGAUAUAACUCCGCCGCCUCCAGCAAACUCAAAACAACCUGGUGUAACGAAAUCUUUACUUUAUAACGGGUCUAAAUUUCAAGGCCAUCAAGCGUCUAAAGGAAAUUCGUAUGAAGUGGAAGUAGUUUUGCAGCAUGUCGAUGAAGAAAAUUCAUACCUCUGCGGUUAUUUAAAAAUUAAAGGACUUACAGAAGAAUUUCCAACAUUGACAACGUUUUUUGACGGCGAAAUUAUAUCGGCCAAAUAUCCCUUUCUUACUCGAAAAUGGGAUGCUGAUGAGGACGUAGACAGAAAACAUUGGAGUAAGUUUGACUUGUUUGUACCAUAUUUGAAGACAUUUAAUUCAGACUCUUUUGACUAUGAAUCACUAGCGAAAGCUGAUUAUGUAUUUAUGAGAUGGAAAGAACAUUUCUUAGUACCUGAUCAUACAAUAAAGGAUAUUAAUGGUGCUUCAUUUGCUGGUUUCUAUUAUAUAUGCUUUCAUAAGUCGGCAGCAACAAUAGAGGGUUAUUACUACCACAGAAGUUCAGAAUGGUAUCAAUCUUUGACUUUAAGCCAUGUCCCGGAACACAGCAUCCAAAUUUAUGAGUUCAGA